GAUCAGUACAUCCCACUAUGCUUUGCGAUGGUCUGACAAGUGGAUCCAAGAUGGCGUAGAAAGUAAAGCUAGACGUUUUGUCCCUGAGUCAUGGCGGACAGGAGAGCGGAGAAGUCAUGUGAAGAAGCCAGCAGAUCGUUAGCCAGGCGGGAGUACGAGGCGGCAGUCAGCCACAGCACGGACGCCCUGGUGGUCCUUGCGCCGCAAGCCCCACCCUCCGGUGCCCCCGUCCCACCGAGCUCCCCGUCCCUCGGCGCUGCUGCCGGACCCCUUCGCAGCCGAGCCCUGCUCUAUCGAAUUUCUGCCUUCUUGCAGCUGAAAAACUAUGACGAAGCAGAUGAAGACUGCAAACAUGUCCUUGCGGAGGAGAUUGCCAGAGGUGAUGGGUCGCUACAGGCCAGCUUGCGCUUCAUGCUGUUGGAUGGCAGCCUGCAGGAGGUGGCCAGCAUCCUCUCUAAAGCCCUGUAUGGGGAGCCAAUGAAUGGCAUUGUCGCAAAAGACCUCACCAGAUUAAAAAUGCUCUUCUCGGAGAUCGAGUCGAUAAAUAGGGAGAUGGCACCUGAAUACACAGAAGAACAGGAGGAAGAGUUCCAAGAUGGCUGGCAAUUCCGUCCUCCCCCCCGAGGCGUCACCAGCAGUGAGGAGUACACCCUCUGUAAAAGGUACUUGGAACAAGGUCUGUGUCGGUACGGGGCCCAGUGUACGUCGGCCCAUUCUCAGGAGGAGCUGAUGGAGUGGCAGAAGCGCUACGCGUCACGCCUCAUCCGCCUCAAACAGCAGCAGGAGAGCAAACACUUCACCGAGAGCUACAUGGAGACCCUGAUAGAGAAGUGGAUGAACUCCCUCUCCCCAGAGAAAGUGCUAAGUGACUAUUUAGAAGGAGUGAAUGUAGAAACCAGCUCCAGCCUCUCUGUGACGGUCACCACCAAAAAAUCUGCACACUCGUGGACCUUCUCCUUCUUGUGCAAGCCGCCUAGAAAGCUGUUCCGCAUCGCCCUGCUCUAUGAUGCGCACCGACCCCACUUCUUCAUCACAGGUGUGUCACCCGGGGAGCGACUGCAAGCUCUCCCCAACGGUUGCCAAGAGUGGACUCCAGGAGAGGAGACCGCAGCAGACAACGGCCUUGACCACUGUGUGUACAACGUAGCCGUGGGCUUCAGCACGGAAAUAUUUGGGACCUUCCGACAGACCGUUGUUUUUGACUUUGGCUCGGAGCCUGUGCUGAUGAAGCGGAUCAUGGUGGAUGCGGCCUCCAUUGAAGACUUGGAACACCUGAUGGCAGCCAGGCAGCAACUCUUGAUCACCGCAAAGCGCUGGGACCCUUCCUGCAAGACCAUCGUGGAAUUCUGUCCAAAUGAAACAAUGGCUGACCUGGAGCGCAGCCUCCUUUCUCGCUAUCAGAUCCCUCUGUCGGCAGAUCAGCUUUUUACUCAGUCAGUCCUGGACAAGACUCUGACCAAAGACAACUACCAGGCCCGGCUACAUGACCUGCUCUACAUAGAAGAGAUUGCUCAAUACAAGGAAGUUAGCAAGUUUAACAUCAAAGUGAAUCUCCAGCUCGUCACCAGCUUCAUGUUGACAGGCAUCUCUGUCGGAGCCAAGUAUGCCCAGAACGGACAGCUCUUUGCACGCUUCAAACUCACUGAAACACUGUCUGAGGACACAUUGGCUGGACGGCUAGUGAUGACCAAGGUGAAUUCAGUCCUAGUGCUGCCAUUUGGCCGUGAAGGGGUCAGCAAUCAUCCGCCUCCCGGGGUCAAAGAGCGUGUUUACGAGGCUGUAAUUGAGGAGAAGACGAAGGACUACAUCUUCCUGAGGAUCUGCAAGAACUGCUGUGAUGAGCUAGGGCUUCUGCCCGACAGGGAACUACAGGUGGAGCUCCAGUUCCAGCUGAACAGACUGCCACUCUGUGAGAUGCAUUACGCUCUGGAUCGCAUCAAAGAUAAUGGCAUCCUUUUCCCUGACAUUGGACUGGUCCCCACCAUCCCCUGGAGCCCCAACCGGCAGUGGGACGAGCAGCUGGAUCCCCGUCUGAAUGCCAAGCAGAAAGAGGCCAUCCUGGCCAUCACCACGCCCGUCUCUAUCCCCCUGCCCCCGAUCCUCAUCAUCGGGCCCUACGGCACCGGCAAGACCUUCACGCUGGCGCAGGCUGUCAAGCACAUCCUGCGCCAGGACACCAGCAGGGUGCUGAUCUGCACACACUCCAACAGUGCAGCCGACCUUUACAUUAAGGACUACCUUCAUCCUUACGUCGAAGCAGGCAACGCGCAUGCCAGACCUCUCAGGGUAUACUUCAGGAACCGCUGGGUGAAGACGGUUCACCCGGUGGUCCAGCAGUACUGUCUCAUCUCCAACACACACAUCAAUUUCAAGAUGCCCACAAGGGAGGACGUCCUCAGGCACCGCGUGGUGGUAGUCACACUCAGCACCUCUCAAUACCUCUGCCAGCUUGACUUGGAGCCCGGGCUGUUCUCUCAUAUCCUCUUGGAUGAAGCGGCCCAGGCCAUGGAGUGUGAAACCAUCAUGCCUUUUGCUCUAGCUAGCAAGCACACCCGCAUCGUGCUGGCUGGAGACCAUAUGCAGCUCAGUCCGUUUGUGUACAGCGAAUUUGCGCGUGAGCGUAACCUGCAUGUGUCACUGCUGGACCGGCUGUAUGAGCACUACCCCCCCGAAUACCCUUGUCGCAUCCUCCUCUGCGAGAACUACCGCUCUCACGAAGCUAUCAUCAGUUACACGUCAGAAUUAUUUUAUGAUGGGAAGUUGAUGGCAAGUGGGAAGCAGCCCUCCCACAAGGACUUCUACCCUCUGACCUUCUUCACAGCCAGAGGAGAAGAUGUCCAGGAGAAGAACAGUACUGCCUAUUACAACAAUGCAGAGGUAUUCGAAAUUGUUGAGCGGGUGGAAGAGUUGCGCAAGAAGUGGCCAGUGUCCUGGGGUAAACUGGACGACAGCAGCAUUGGAGUCGUGUCACCUUACGCCGACCAGGUGUUCCGCAUUCGUGCUGAGCUCCGAAAGAAGAGAAUGCAUGAGAUUAGUGUGGAAAGAGUGCUGAAUGUCCAAGGCAAACAGUUUCGGGUGCUGUUCCUCAGCACGGUGCGGACGCGGCACACCUGCAAACACAAGCAGACGGCCAUCAAACGUAAAGAGCAGCUAGUCGAGGACUCGACAGAGGACCUCGACUAUGGAUUCCUCUCCAACUACAAGCUGCUCAACACGGCCAUCACCAGAGCGCAGUCCCUGGUUGCAGUUGUGGGGGACCCCAUUGCGCUCUGUUCUGUUGGGCGCUGCAGAAAAUUCUGGGAGCACUUUAUCUCCAUCUGCCACGAAAACGCAAGUCUCCAUGGCAUCACCUUUGAGCAGAUCAAGUCUCAGCUGGAGGCCCUGGAACUCAAGAAGACCUACGUCCUCAAUCCAUUGGCCCCAGAGUUCAUCCCUCGUGCCCUCAGGCCGCAGCAAGGCCACCACUCUUCAUCGCAGGCCCUCCACCCCCACCAUCAUCCACAUCCUCAGCAUGCUCAGGCCCCCUCUAACAAGCAGGGUCCGCAGCUCCAGCAGCAGCAACAACAGCAGCAGCAGCAGCAACAACAACAACAACAGCAGCAGUCCCCACCUAAGGGUAAACAUGCAAACCACACAGAACAUCUUCCGCCUGAAGGAUAUGCGCAACCCAACCCAGCUGUGUUAAUGGGAAACCCUAUUAGGGCAUUCACACCACCCUUGGGUGGCCCACCAGCUGCCAUGGGCAAGUCACCCAGUCCUGUUCAGAGGAUAGAUCCUCAUACAGGCGCCAGCAUCCUCUACGUCCCCGCUGUGUACGGUGGCAACAUGGUCAUGUCUAUGCCCCUGACUUUGCCUUGGCCAGGUUACCAGAAUCGAUUCCCUGUAGACCCUCGCAUUAUGAACCACCCGGCGGCCAUGGCCUACAACUUCAAUCUGUUGCAGGCCCAAAAUCGAGGCUCCCCCAUCCCGUACAGUGGGAUGACCCACUCCUCUCAUCUAGGAAUGGGCCAGCCCAGCCCUGACAAGGAGCUGCAGGCGGACCCCAUCAGAAAUGGUAAAUUAGAAGGAUGUCCAAAGUCAGAACAGAGUCGUCUUCAGACACCAGAGAGGAAAAGCACCGACAUGAAGGAAAAGCAGGGAGAUUUGGACUCAGGCCAGAGCCGAAGUCUAGAUGCUCAGCCAGACGGACUCGUUGGCUUUCCCAAUUCGCUGCUCCAUCGAAAAGAUCCCCCAGCUGCUCAAAGACCUCUCAACUAUCACCUGGCACCACCCAACCCAGCUUUCCCUCCUCACCCUGCCAGUGGGCGGGCCUUCCCCCCACAGUAUCCGGUCUCUAGGCUUCCUUAUCGUGUCGGCCAGCCUCAACACCCGGGGAUGGCGCCACCGAGUCAGCAACAGCUCAGCCCUGCCUACACCGGAGGCAGCCACAACGCUUCCUUCUUCAUUGGCCCCAUGCCUUCUCACAGGGCUGUCCAAUCUCCCACUUUGGAUGGGCCCGAGCCUGCAGGGGUGGAAGACAUGAGUGGCUCCAUUCGGACUCCAAUGGGCCACCCGGGGGGUCAUCACCCUGGCCUGUCACAGCAUAACCGCGUCAACAGCUUUGCGGAGGACGGACAGGAUGGAGGCCUUGGAGAUGGUUUGGACCUGCAGGGCCCCCUGGCUUUGGAGGCCCUCAGCCAGCAGCAGCAGGCAGCCAGACUGGGCCAGUGGGGGGAGGCGGCAGGCCCUUUUCUCCAGGGAAGCGUUCCUUUCCCUCUUCCCCAGCAGCUUGCCCACCUUGGUCAACCUGGCAUGGCUCGCUUCCCCCCUCAGCUGCUCCGGCCAGCCAGUUGGGGCCUGAGUGCCAAUAUCGAGGAUGAAGCUGUCCCUUCUGCUUCCACUGGACCACCUUUCACCAGGUACCCCGGCCUUUUGAGAGAGCUUCCCCCACAUGAACAAAAUGAACCUAGGGAUGCAACUGAGAUGCAGCCCCCACCUCAAUCCCGUCUCCUUCAGUACCGUCAGUCCCAGUCCCGUGCCUCAGGUGACCCUUCAUCCUCUUUAGCCCCCACCCCGAAUCACGCUAGUUCAUUCCCAUCAGGACCCUACUCCCAUGAUGCAGGCCGCGAUCUCCUUAACGACAACCCUCUCAACAACCCAGCUCUGCAGCAGCAGCAUCCGGGAAACCCUCUGUAUAAUACUGGUAGCUACCCACAUCAGCAACCAACCCACUCUGCUGGCAACCCUUCAUCCCAGGUCAAAUACCUGCUGCAGGAAGCCCAGUGGCCUCAUGUUGGAGCUGCGUCAGUGAGCCCACCGCAGCAGAACCACCUGUUGGGAAACCAGGGCCACAGCCUUCCUUAUGGACUGCCCAUCAUGCCUCAUCCCAGCAGGCAGGAGCAGGUCCACCUGAUGCAACUUCACCAUCAGCACCAGCAGCAGCAACAGCAACAACAACAACAACAGCAGCACCACCAACACCACCAACAACAACAACAACAACCACCACCACUGCAUCCACAACAACAAAGUCAAGUUCCAGACCAUGAGAGCUACCACCCACUUCCCCCCCGAACAUCAGCAGCCACAGCCCUUCACAAUGUAGAUGAGUAUGAACCCAGAGGUCCAGGCCGGCCUCUCUAUCAGCGUCGCAUCUCUUCUAGCUACCCAGAUGAACCGUCUCUGGUCAACGCCCAUAAUGCCCAACAGCAACAGCCCUGUACGUCAGACAUCCAGGACCACCCCCAUCAGCACAUACAGCACCCACAUGCCCCCUACGGUUACCCCUCACACGACCUCUGGCCCAGCAACGGUGGGGGUCCCGGCUCGUUCCAGAACAUUCCAUGUAACGGAGCCGGUACACUCAGUCAGCACCGGGACCUUCUGGCUCCAAAGGCCCUACGUCAGUCGGAGGAGCAGGUGAAGGCUGAGGUCACAGCCGCACAGCAGACUCACCCACACUCCCUCAACUCCCUUCAGCAUCUUGGACAGUUUCCUCCUCUCAAGCCCAAAAACAAGCAGCAGCAGCAGCAACAACAGCAGCAGCAGCAACAACAACAACAGCAACAGCAGCAACAACAACAACAACAACAACAACAACCACCACCUCCCCCGCCGCCACCCCCACCCCCCCCGCCGCAGGCUCCCACGGAGGCUAGCCAGGGGGCUCCAAAUUUAAGCAAGCCACCAACCAUGUCCUAUGCCAGCGCCCUCCGUGCUCCACCCAAACCCCGAGCUGUUCGCCCUGAACAGGUCAAGAAGAACAGCGACCCUCUCUCCCUCUUACAAGAGCUGAGUAUAGGAAGUUCAAACGGUAGCAAUGGGUACUAUUCCUACUUUAAAUGAGUGUCACCCCUCCCAAAUAUUAAGUAAGUAAUGAAAUAUAAAACUAAACAAACAAAAAAAAGGUAAAACUUUCUAAAAACUCCACAAAAAAAAAUGGUGCAAAGUGCAUUUACAAAUUGUUUCUAUAGUAGUUUUUUCUGCCUUUUGUUUCAUUUUAACUUUUUAUUUGUUGCAGUCAUCUUUUUUCCUGUUUCACAUAUCUGUGACGAAAAUAAGUAUAUAUAUAAUAAAUGCAUUACUGGUAUAUAUACAUACAUAUUAUGUAUAUAUGAAUAUAUACUUAUAUAAUCUACACUUGUAUAUGUACGUAAUGCUAAAACAAAAGUUAUAAAAAAAAAUAAAAGAAUAAACAAAUUAAAAAAAAGAGUUUGGUUGACCACUAAGCUACCUGCAUAUUUUUCCUAAUUGAAGUUGGUUUUGUCGGUUACUAAAUAAGUAUGUUGACUAUUUUAUCAUUUUGUAUUCCUUAUGAGUGGACGUUACGUCUUGAUUUUUCAUUCUACUGUAGUUGUAACGGACAAAAGCUAAGUGGUCAACCGACACAAACUACAUGGAAAAGUGUAUAGAAGUAGAUCAAAUUUCCUCUAAUCUGUAAAUAUGAAGAAAAUAAAAGACUGAAUUGUAUGCCACA